UAGCCCCGCUACGAACGCGCGCUACGAACUACAUAAACAAGUGUAUGUGAAUGUGGAAGUGACUUUUGUGACUUUGUUACAACUUACAUAAUAAUGUCCCUGGUUCCGCCAGGGGGUGCGGACUCCCCCAGCCCACGGCGGGCAGUGAGCCCACUGCUGGAGAUGCGCAGGCCACAUUGCACUCUGGCCUGCGACUACUGCGCCGCCAUACUGGAGGACAAGUUCAAACGUAGUGCCGACAUGCGCAACAGAGGUACAUCACCUCUGUCAGCAUCACCACGCCAGUCCCUCACUGGGGAACCUCCUUGGACACUCCCAGACGACGACCGACCUGACUUCUCAGCCCUCAAGGAAAAUAUACAAAGGAUCAACAAGGACUGCGAAACUUCAACACGUUUGGACAUGUUGCUGACACAGGUGGAACAGUACGCGAAUAACCUGGAGGCUCUCGUGGAGGAGAGGACUUCAGACUACUUGGAGGAGAAGAGGAAGUGCGAGGAACUGCUUUACCAGCUUCUACCAAAGUCAGUAGCCUCCCAGCUGAUAAUGGGCCAGCCAGUCAUGGCGGAGACCUACGACCAAGUGACGAUCUACUUCAGUGACAUCAUUGGCUUCACCCAGCUGUCUGCAGAGUCCACGCCGCUGGAGGUGGUGGACCUGCUCAAUGAUCUGUACACGAGCUUCGAUUCCAUCAUUGAAAACUUCGAUGUAUACAAGGUUGAGACAAUAGGAGACGCAUACAUGGUGGUGUCAGGUCUACCGAUGCGCAAUGGUAACCGGCACGCGGCUGAGAUCGCGCGCAUGUCCCUCGCGCUUCUGAACGCUGUGCGCGUCAAGACAGUACCACAUCGACCUGGAGAACGACUGCUGCUGAGGAUUGGGAUGCAUACAGGACCUUGCGUGGCAGGAGUAGUGGGUCUGAAAAUGCCUCGGUACUGUCUCUUCGGAGACACAGUGAACACAGCAUCACGGAUGGAGUCACACGGAGAAGCUUUGAAGAUUCAUGUCAGCCCGAAGACCAAGGAGGUUCUGGAUUUGUACGACUGCUUUGAACUGGAAUGCCGAGGAGAAAUCUCUAUGAAGGGCAAAGGUAAAAUGGUAACUUACUGGCUGAUCGGAGAGAAAAAGCCGGAAAAUCAAGAAUGUUACUACACACAAACUAACCAUGUUCAGAGCACUUUGGUGAACAAUCCAAGCAUCACGUUCCAGGGUCCAGACAGCCCUGCAUCCCAUUCUUUAACACAAAGUCACAGCCCUGAACAGAACAUGCCAGAAACAAAAGAAAACCACCGACCAUUGGAGAUACAGAGCGAGAGAGAUCGCAUCAAACAUGAAAUAGCAACAUUCGUUGCCAAAGACCUGAUAAACAACAUAGACAUCGCCGUCAGAGAAUUUCGGAAGUCUCAAAGCGCAAAUUUUGUCACGACCACCAACAAACCGCUAUGCAAUGGAAACGAAAAGGGUUUGAUAACUCCAACUUAUGAUAAGGAGCUGGUGAUAAGCAAAGGUAAGGUACGAGAUGUUGUAAACAGAUUCAACAGCUGUGUGAUCACCAACGAUGGUGUCAACAAAUGCACGAAAACGAAAAUAAAAAAUGAAGACUGAAAUGACAAAGGAGCGCUUACUGACUUUCCCUGCCCGGUCUAAACAGAUUUUUGUAACUUUAGAAACGUUUAUAGGGAAACUAAUUUCACAAAUAUAAAUGUAUUUUGUGCCAAGCACAUAGGUUUCUUUGAUAGUCUAGUCAUUAUUGUUUUGAGAAAUUAUUAUAUUAAUAAUAUUUGAACUUGAAAUCUUAAGAAAAACAUGUUAAAUGUAGUGGGUGACCAAAUACCCUCCGAAUUCUAGUUAAGUAUUAAUGGACGGUUUUAAAUGUAUCUCAUAGAUAUUUAUUAUACGUGUACUAGAUGUAAGAAAAAAAUUGCAGAAGCGAUUUCAAGAAAGAUGUAGUGAGAAUAUUACGUGUGAAUAUUAAAAAAGUAACUAUUAUUGUAUUAUACACUUGGACCCUGUAGUGUUUUUACUGACCUUUUAUACUUGCGUAUCUUUCUAGUCCAUUGUAUACUCGUCGUUACUAAGACAUUUGUAUAUACAUUGAUAAAAUCUUCGUUUAUUAGGUUGUACGACCUAAUCCAGCAACUGUCUGGUUAGAUUAGGUUACUCAACUCAUUUCAAGCUAACUAGGGGUCCAUAGUCAAGAACGGUAUGCGCGAUAAUGGUCGUGCAGCCAACUUGUUGGGCUCCUAGACGAGGAAUCUGAUAGAAUGAUUACUUGUUGUCUUGUCGUACAAUCUAAUUAAUUUUAUACGUCAAAUGAUAGUUAUAUUACAAAAGUUAACUUUCCACACCAUAUUGGGUGUUGUAUUGUCAUUCCCUUAGUGAACCUCACAUGUACGUAAAUAAAUACUGUUUUACGCUUACAUAUUUAGAUAAAUUUCUGAUUUCAUCACACAUAUAAAUAGUUGCUAAGUGGUUGUUAGAUUCUUCUAAUUUUAGAUCGUUCGUUGCAUUUUAUGCUGUAAGCGUUUUAGAUGAUUUCGAUGUUUCCAUUAAAUCUGUUUUAGCUUUAAAGAUAUAUUUAUUAUAGCUUUGGAUACAA